AACUCAUUCAGUGUACUCUUCGUUUUCUUGAACACGGAUUUCCAAUAUAAAAACUUCUUUCUCACCUGUCAAUAUGAAAUCGUAUUUGUUUAUUUACUUUUUCGCUGCUACGCUUUUGGCUGCCCAAGGCCAUUACGCUUCGAGGGAUUUUUACAACGACGAAGCUCACGAAGCCCUCGAAAGAAUACCAGAUGAACCUAAACUGCCGAGUUUUGAAGAAAAGCUUAUUGAUGCACAAAUGGUUCAAGAGGACAGUCAUAAUAUGAGUUGUGACUGUGCUAGCGAGUGUAACAAGCUUAACGUUAGCAGGUUGCCGCACAAUGUUCGGGUAUGUGGUUAUAAUAUUGCAAUGAUACGUUUGUGCAUUAAAAGAAAAAUCUAAGUAUCGCAAUGCACCUAAUCUUACUUAUACGCGUGAGCAGCAAAUACCAACCGGAAAAUAAGAAGAUUUUGCUUUACCCUCUGUUUUGACUCUCUUACCAUAAUUUGUAUCUAGCUAUCAGUUGUUUUGGCGUAGGCGUAGUGCGUUCAGUUCACCAGGGAUGGUACUUCAAGCUGUUUUAUUGUUAUAACAGGGUAAUUUAGUAAUAUCAACUGAAUUGAUAACGUAAAUUGGUGUAUAUCAUGCACCUUAAAACCCUCCUACAUGUAACCGCGUACAGUAAGAAGUAUCAAUGGUGACUCUGAUCAUAUGUCUUUUUUAAACAUGCAGGACGAGGACAAAUACCUUAGCUACGAAAACUACCCAGUGUUAUGCCGUGAUGCUGCAGCAACUUAUCUGCCGCGCCCUCCGCGCCCAAACGAACCGGCCAAGAAGUACGUCUGCAAGCAAGUGUUUGACUGCUGCCGAAGUUGUAACCAUUAUUUUUAUACUUGUAUCAAUAACCCCAAUAACGAAUAUGGUCUGUGCAUGCGCGGGGCUUAUAAGUGUAUGUGUGACUGCAUUGAUAACAAAUCCUUCAACGAACUCCCUCAUAUGCCCUGACUGAGAAUCUACACUUUGUAAUAAGCACUGCUAUCUAAGACAGUAACGUAACUAAAGUCACUUCGAGGUUCGAGUCGAUCGAUUUAUAUAAAAACUUUGCCG